AAAAGUAUAAAAUGUCCUCCUCCUGUCAGCAAUCAUGUCUGGGACCAACAGCUCCAGCCUGACCCCAGGAUUCUUUAUCUUGAAUGGUGUUCCUGGCCUGGAAGCUGCACACAUCUGGAUUUCCCUGCCAUUCUGCUUCUUGUAUAUUGUUGCUGUCGUGGGAAACUGUGGGCUCAUCUACCUCGUCAGCCAUGAGGAGGCCCUUCACCAGCCCAUGUACUACUUCCUGGCCCUGAUCUCCUUCACUGACGUCAUCUUAUGCACCACCACCGUUCCUAAUAUGCUGUGCAUAUUCUGGUUCAACCUCAAGGAGAUCGACUUUAAUGCCUGCCUGGCCCAGAUGUUUUUUGUCCAUAUGUUGACUGGGAUGGAGUCGGGGGUGCUCAUGCUUAUGGCCUUGGACCGCUAUGUGGCCAUCUGCUACCCCUUACGCUAUGCUACCAUCCUCACCAACUCUGUCAUCGCCAAGGUCGGUCUUGCCACCUUCUUGAGGAGUGUGAUGCUCAUCUUCCCAUUCUCUUUCCUCACCAAGCACCUGCCUUAUUGCCGGGGAAACAUCAUCCCCCACACCUACUGUGACCACAUGUCUGUGGCCAAGGUAUCCUGUGGAAGUUUCAAAGUCAAUGCUGUUUAUGGUCUGAUGGCUGCUCUCCUGAUUGGUGUGUUUGACAUCUGCUGUAUCUCUGUGUCUUACACUAUGAUCCUACGGGCUGUUGUGAGUUUGUCGACAACAGAAGCUCGUCACAAAGCCUUUGGCACCUGUACAUCUCAUAUCUGUGCCAUUGUGAUCACCUAUGUUCCUGCUUUUUUUACUUUUUUCACCCACCGUUUUGGAAGACACAAUAUUCCCCACCACAUACACAUCAUUGUGGCCAACAUUUAUCUUCUAUUGCCUCCUACUUUGAAUCCAAUUGUUUAUGGAGUCAAGACCAAGCAGAUUCGGGAAGGUGUAAUCAAAUUUUUGCUUGGAGACAAGGUUGACUUUACCUCAGACAAAUAAAUCACAAAUAGAUGUGUUGCUUGGGGAGGGAAAGAAAAU